AUGGUUGAUGCAGUCGGCUUGCUGUGGCCCUCGGACGCCGCUGGCCGCGCAACAAGUCGCUCAGACGCGCCUUCAUGGCUCGAGAUUUGCACGGGCACGUCGGCACAGUCCCUGCAGUCCAACUGGCCAUGGUUUUUCCUCCAUCUGGUCCUGUACAUCGGCCAGCUGGUGGGGUUCGUCUUGAUAGUCCUGCAUGAGACGUUGCCGAGGGGAGGGUUGCUUCGCGGCCUUGGGGUUCUUGCCGCGAUGGGCUGCAUCUCGUCCUGCUUUGGCUUUUCCAUAGCGAUGCCCGUCGUAUCGCUGGGGCUCUUGCAUCACCGCCGUCCCCUGACCCUCCCAAGAGCGCGGCCAAAACAAGAGCACAAAUUCGUCUUGAACCUAGUCUUCUGGCUGACCGGCAUAACACAUGUUGGUGCUUUUCUGGUGGCGUUUAUAGCAACUGUGCUGUCUGAGCCCCCUUCCCCUCUCCACGUCAUGAAUAGCCUGCUGGGCGUACCCGAUUGCUCCCAGCUCCCAUGUGCCGAGGAGGCCCAGAGACAGGCUAGGCUACGCCAGAUCAAUGAGAUGACCGGCACGUCGAGUGGGUUUUUCCUGGCCAUGGGGCUCUUUUGCCAAGCGCUCGAGGCCACGCGGAAGCACAUGAGCCGGAAACUGCUGGCCCGGAUGUUUCUUGUCAGUCUGGUCCUCGGGCCGGCCGCGGGCGGUGCCGAUGCGCUGCUGCUGCAAAGUUCGUUGAUCGGACAUGGAGACGGCUCAGAGAACCAAAAGAGGACCAAGUCCGAGUAA